AUGGAGGACAAACGCAACAUCCCCAUCAUCGAGUGGGAGCACCUGGACAAGAGGAAGUUCUACGUGCUGGGGAUCUGCAUGACGAUGAUGAUCCGGGUGAGCGUCUACCCCUUCACCCUCAUCCGCACGCGGCUGCAGGUGCAGAAGGGGAAGAGCCUCUACAACGGGACCUGCGACGCCUUCCUGAAGAUCCUGAGGACGGAGGGGGCGGCGGGGCUGUACCGGGGCUUCCUGGUGAACACCUUCACCCUCAUCUCGGGGCAGUGCUACGUCACCACCUACGAGCUGACCCGCAAGUACGUGGCGCGCUACAACAACAACAACGCCGUCAAGUCGCUGGUGGCCGGGGGCUCGGCCUCCCUGGUGGCCCAGAGCAUCACCGUGCCCAUCGACGUCGUGUCCCAGCACCUCAUGAUGCAGAGGAAAGGGGAGAGCAUGGGCAGGUUUAAGGUGCAGAACCCGGAUGGCAAACGCCUGCUGGUCUUCGGCCAGACCAAGGACAUCAUCGUGCAGAUCUUCAAGGCCGAUGGCUUCAGAGGCUUCUACAGGGGCUACGUGGCCUCAUUGCUCACCUACAUCCCCAACAGUGCAGUCUGGUGGCCCUUCUACCACUUCUAUGCUGAGCAACUUUCCAGCUUGACUCCUAAGGACUGUCCCCACCUCCUCCUGCAAGCGAUAUCGGGGCCGCUCGCGGCCGCCACGGCCUCCACCCUCACCAACCCCAUGGACGUGGUCAGGGCCCGGGUCCAGGUGGAAGGCAAGAGCUCCAUCAUCCUCACCUUCAGGCAGCUGCUGGCGGAGGAAGGCCCCUGGGGCCUGACCAAAGGCCUCUCCGCCCGCAUCAUCUCGGCCACGCCCUCCACCAUCGUCAUCGUGGUGGGCUACGAGACCCUGAAGAAGCUGAGCCUGCGCCCCGAGCUGGUGGACUCCCGACACUGGUAG